AUGUACGACCAGGCGAAGCACGGCCCCGUGGAUGCGAUCAAGGGCGACUAUAUCGCCGAGGCUAGUCUGGCCAACCAUGCGGUGGAAAUCAAGAAUUCGACGGGUCCCGGCUGGGUUCCAACAGCAUGGGACGGGCUCCACCAGACUCCCGAGAUCGCUGCGGAGAAACGCAUUAAGAUCGUGAUCAACGGAGGCGCCAUCAUCCCAAGAGCACUAGCCGAGGAAACGCACAAGUUGAUCAAGGAAAAGGGACUUGAUUUGAGCGUCGCCUACGUCGAUGGAGGCAACGUCAUCCACAAGGCUCAGCGCAUCCUCGAGGACAUCAAAUUCGGUGCUCUCACCCACCUGGAUGGUCACAAUGAGAACGUCCAUCUGGCGAAGGACUCCUUGGGAUUCUUGGAUCCCCCCGAACCUAUGCCGGUGGUCUGCGCGAAUGCCUGCCUUGGCCACCGUGCAGUCAAGGCCGGUCUCGACCAAGGCGUAGACAUCAUGGAAUGGCAUUCCUACUGGAAUCGAGAAAUUGACCAAGCACAUCGUGUGCGUUAA